AUGGCCGUGAGAAAUUAUCCUCCCACCCCACAUCCAAUCUAUUUUCCCCCAGCCCAUCCGGGAGCGGGUCCACCGGUCUUCCAGAGCCCCAUUCCAACCCCGGGGGCCCCUCUAAGGAACGGCAAGCAGGCAGUGGAAUACGACCGUACGGAGGAAUCUCUGUCCGGUCGAAUGGCCGGGCUCAGCUUUGAUCACGCAGGAUCAGCCAGAGACAGGAACGACAUCCCUGCCAAGAAAAACGGAAAAGGUCUUCCUCGCCUCAGUCAGCACAUAUCAUCUCCGUUUUAUGAGGGCUGGACUUUCACUAAGGCCGAUCCGGAGUUCCCUGGCCAGCAGAGAACCUGGAGACGAGCAAAUAGAUCGCACAUGGGUCUUAGCCAAAGCCAGCUUUCGAAACUAGUCCAAAAGAAGGCUAAGAAGUCCAGUGUCUCGAAGCAAUAUGCCAGUCUUCCGAAAUUCCUUCGAGCCCAGAUCGAUCGUCUGAUUGAUGAUCGAAACAGGGAAGACGAUGACCUGAGAUUCGAGUGGCGUUGCGCUUAUGCGCAAGGGAAUGACAGACUUGUCUUGAACAAGAAUGCGCGGUCUCCUGUUUCCGAAACUGUUUCCGCACACGUCGUUAUCAAAAAGAGGCUGCGGGAUGAUGUCUCCGUUAGCUCCAACAGUUCCUCGUGCGAGGAAUCUUCAACUAGUGAAAUUGUGGAUCUUGGAUCUUCUCUGAAGGCCAAGCAUAGACCCUUCAGCAACCACGACAUGCAUGAGGGACGAGUGAGUCCAGGGCCAUCCAAUGACAUACCCAGAAACAUCCAAUGGGGCGCAGGAGUGGCUCCGAGAGGACCACACUCACAUCCGGCGCCUGUCCAGCACCCUGUUCCUGUUAAUCAUCAUCCAACCCUUCCUCCCCCUCCUCCUCACCCUCAUCCUCCUCCUGCUGCUGCUGCUGGGCCAGAGAACGGUCCUGGGGGAUAUCCCCAUUUGGGAGUUCCAUUUCCACAAGCACCGCCGCCGCAAGCGCAGCCAUUUCCAGGUUUACAUGGUAGCAUAGGUGCAGGUCCCGGUCAAGGAAAUAAUAACCAGUUCGGGCCACGCACCUUUCCAGCGAACGUCCAGGGGCCUGAAUAUCAUCCUCCUCCAAGAACAAAUCCAGCCGCGCCAACCUCCCCGUCAUACGAGAAAACGAAUCAACAAAAGCAAUCCGCUCCGAAAUUAGUCCCAAGACCUUGGUCACCGAAGCUGGCCACGCAAGCCAAUCUCACAUUGACGCCAGACAACAGUAACACAGAGAAUGAUGGGUUCAGUGCAUUCGACCAAGAGUACAAGCCAUCUGUUACAGACAUGGGAUCGAUUGAUGACGGACCAUUUAAGGCCAAACGACGCCAACAGCGUGGAAGCCUUCACCACCCGCGGCAAGAUUCACCAAAGCGACAUCGGGCGCCUGUAUAUCGCCCGCACUAUCGCCCAUCACCUAGUAGUAAGACAAGAGACGAAGGGAGCAGACAAGGCGCACGUCCCCUCUCACACAGACAGUUGCGGGACGUCCAACCCAGGAUCGUCCAGAGUGCAUAUCGCACUGGUUUCCGCAGCUCCACAAGUUCCAUUGACAUGGAGCCAGAGUAUGCAGAAGAAAAAAAGCUGGAGAGACAGGUCAUUGAGAGUCUGAUUGAGAGUCAGAAAGAGCUGUUGGCUGAGCGGGUGAGAUCCAUUGAGCGGCGAGAGAAAGAUCUUGCCUCACGGGCGCGCGAGAUGGAGCGGAUGGACAGGAUGGAAAGACUGGAAGAAGCACGGUUGCUGGAGCGUCACCGAUAUCCUGGAUUUGGAUACUAUCCCAGGGUGUAUUAG